AGCCUAUAACCCAUCAUUGUAUUAUAGAUUUCACAGUUUUUUGUCCUCACCAAAACCAAGGCCUUUCUUCAAUUCACUACAGCUAUGGAAUCCUCAGCAACUCUAGCACUGUCUCAGAUUCCCUGUGUCUACCCUUCUACACCCACAAGCUACAAGGCUUAUCCUUUUUGGCCUUGCAAGCAAAGGAGCUCACAACCAACACGCUUACACUGCAACAAGAUGUUUGUACCUGGAUUCGGAGAAGCAUCACCAGAAGCAAAGGGUGCUAAAAACCUCCACAAUUUCUUCACCUAUGUUGCUGUUAAGAUUGUUGCUGCGCAACUUGAGAGCUAUAAUCGUGAGGCAUAUGAAGAGCUAAUGGAAUUCUUGGGUAGAAACUCGUUGAAUGAUGGUGACAAGUUCUGCGCCAGUAUGUUAAGAGAAUCAUCAAGACAUAAGAACUUAGCCCUACGCAUAAUGGAGGUGAGAUCAGCAUACUGCAAAAAUGAUUUUGAAUGGGACAACUUGAAGCGCCUAGCUUUGAAGAUGGUCACUGAAUCUAACACGAGGCUUAUGAGGGAUUAUGUCUUGGAAACCACUCCCGUUGAAACCGAGAAGUGAAUAUUGAUUGCCCUUUUAUUCCCUCUGAUCGAACAGAAGCUUGGGCACA